GCAACUCACAUCCAUCUGAACUUGGGAGAAACCCGCUUUUAUUUCCAACAUUUGGCGGAGGAAGUCCCAACAGAUCUCAACAUAUCUCAAGCGACGACAUCUGCCGAAAUCGGUAAGUUCCUUUACUUUGCCGGUUGUUCUCGCAUCAUAAGCUUUAUCCAAAUGUUACUGUUGUAGCGUUACAUUGUGACUAAAUGUCGUGUGCACAUCUGCACUCCUCUCAGCUUCGACAUCCUGCCAGCAGGUGUCACAUCCCGUGGCUUUAAACAUGGAAAGCGCCCCAUCCGAUCACAACCGUGUGGAAAUAGGUGACUUGCUGAAGUCGGCCUCCUCCAGGUAUCUGGUGGAGUCUGUCCUCGGGCAGGGUACCUUUGGCACGGUUGUUAAGUGCACGAAUGUCGCUGACAACAAGACGGUUGCCAUCAAAAUGAUGAGGGAUCAUGGCGGUUUAGCCUCGCAGGCCAGAAAAGAGGUGGAAGUCCUGUUGACACUUCAACUGCUGGACUCUGACCAAAGCAACCUGGUUGAAUGGUACGGAGCUUUCACCUUCAACCAACACAUCUGUCUGGAGUUUGAGCACCUGGACAAAAGUCUUUUAGACUUCAUGAACGACAGAUCCUUCCAACCUCUCCUCCUGAAGGAAAUCAGACCCAUUGUCAAGCAGGUACGUUCUACUGCAGUUCUUAUCCAAUAAGCAUAUUGAUUGAACAUCGUAAAAGGAAAUGACUGACUUUAAUAACUUUCCAGGUCGCCAAUGCACUUGAUUACUUGAAGGCUGCUGCGAUAAUACACGCAGACAUCAAGUUCGAGAAUAUUAUGUUGGUGAACCACGCGCAGGAGCCUUACAGGCUUAAAGUCAUCGACCUUGGCCUGGCCCACGAGGUGUCGGACGCAGCCCAGGGCGCCUGCAUUCAGUCCCUUCCGUACA